AUGACAGACGAAGACAGAAAACUUAUUGUAGAUUUACACAAUAAACAUCGCAAAGACGUUAAUCCUCCAGCCUGUGACAUGAUGAAAAUGUACUGGGAUAAAGACUUGGAAUAUGUUGCUCAGAAAUGGGCAGAAAAUUGCCAGUUUAAGCAUGACAACCUUACAUCAGGGAAAUUUAAUGUCGGACAAAAUUUGGCUCUUGGACACCUAAACUGGUCACAUGCUGUAAGCGGCUGGUAUGGUGAAAUAAAAGAUUUCACCUAUAACAAGCAAAAUGUAUUUUAUAAAGUAGGACAUUACACACAGCUGGUCUGGGCAAGCUCUGCUGCUAUUGGUUGUGGAUUCGCUUAUUGCAAAGGCGUAGGAAGACUGUAUGCAUGUAACUAUGGUCCAGGAGGAAACAGUGCUUACUCUCUUAACCGACCAUAUAAAUCAUGCAAAGGACCUACAAAACUCAUUGAUUGUAAAGGAAAGAUUUGUCUGAAUGGUGGUUCAAGGAUUGGUGAUGGUUGUACGUGUAAAUGUUAUCGGAACAAGAUCUAUUAUGGACCACAAUGUGAAAUGGACUGUUCUCGAGGCAAAGAGCAUUAUCAGUGUGGUAAAUAUUACAAAAAAGAAUAUUGUGCUAAAUACUCCAAUGUUCCAGUCAUAUGUCCUGAGACGUGUAACCUGUGUCCAAGUGCAGUAAUUCCACAUGUGAAAUCAGAACCCUCAAAUCCAAACUUGAAAAACUGUCCUAGGAAGUACCAUAAAAUAGCAAAUCACACAGCUUGCCUUCCGAAAUCUAGUCUUGUAUUAAAAUCUGGCAUGACAGACAAAGACAGAAAACUUAUUUUAGAUUUACACAAUAAAUAUCGGACAGAAGUUAAUCCACCAGCAUGUGACAUGCUGAAAAUGUACUGGGAUAAAGAUUUGGAACUAGUUGCCCAAGCACGAGCCGAAAGCUGUAAUUGCUCCCACGAUGAACCUUAUCUCCGGCAAAUUCCUGGAAAAUUCCACACUGGUCAAAAUUUAGCCAGGCAAGUGGACAGUUGGGCAGCAGCCAUACGUUCAUGGUAUGAUGAAAGGAAAAGCUUUACUUACAAUGCCACUAAUGAUUUCUCUAAAGUAGGACGUUACACAGAGAUGGUACAAGCUAAGACUAUAAGAAUCGGCUGUGGCUUUGCAAAAUGUUCAAACAUGAAUUUCUACGUCUGCCAUUAUGGUCUAGAAGAAAGCUCAGUGUCAGACGUAUCCCGUCCUUAUGAAGAAUGUUCAGGAAAUACAUCUUUAACAGACUGUCAGGGUGAUGUCUGUCUAAAUGGCGGCACCAUGGACCCUGAAACCUGUCAGUGCCACUGCACAAAUAACACUUUUACAUCUGGACCACUUUGCGGCAUGAACUGCUCCCUGGGUAAUGAUCCUGCAGACUGUUCAAAGAAAUACACUGUCAAUGAUUGCUCCCUACAUCCUCAUGUAACCAUGAAAUGUCCUUGGCUUUGUGGAAUCUGUCCAUAUGCUGAAUAUGUAACCACCAAUAAUACAAGAGUGACAGAACUCACCACAGUUUAUGCAACCAUGCCAUUUCCUGAAAGUAAUACAGUUACCAUCCAACCUUUGAAACAGAUGUUUAUUGUAUCUGCUGCUGUGUCCUGCUAUUUCUUGAUCCCGAGUAGCAUGUAGCAUGAAAAUACCAGAUGGAAUUGUAACAUGAAUUUAUACUGAUUUGAUUGCACAAGAUGUUUGGCUUUUUAAAUUUUAACACCAAAACUAAUACAAUGUAUAUACUAACAACCACUUUGAAUUUUAUUACCAUGUACUCGCGAAUGAACAAAAUUUAUUUUGCAUAAUAAUACUAACAAUACAUUUUACCAUGUACAUACUAACAAACGAAAUUACCCUCCGGUGUUCAUACGAAUAACAAAUUUUACUUUAUACAUGCUAACAGUUAAAUGAAUUUUAUUGCCAUACUGACUAACCAUCAAUGCUAUCUUUACUAAAUGCAUACAAACAAACGAAAAUGUAUUUUAUGAUUCAAACUAAAACAGGAGAAAAAAAUCUCAAGCUAUAUAACUAAAAACAUAUCCUAUUAAAGAAUUGAAGAUUAAAGUCUAAAAAUAUUUUGGAAAAAUGUCUAUUUUCAAUAAAGAUAACAUAUUCAA